UGCGACUCUGCUCAAUUGUACGCGUUUUGAGUCAAAUAUUGUGUGGUGGUGCUGCUGCUUGCCACAAAAAUAAAAAUCUGAGCCGUUCAAGCGCGCGCAUUUACAUAAAAAUUACAAAUAUAUUUUAAUCAGAUUGGUGUCGCAAACAUAACUUAAUUGUGUGCUAAAACACUUUCAUACAAAUCUCUAGUGCAAUAUAAUAAUUUUAGGCUUCGUCGAGUGGCGGUGGCGACAACAAGGAACGACAGUGACAGUGGCAGCGACGACGACGACGACGACAACAGACAAAAACUACUCACACCGACGCUCGCUCACACACACGCGCGCGCACUCUUGGCUAUGUGUGUGCGUGUGUGUGUGUAUAAGCGAAACGAGUGCAAUUGAUUUUCGUAUAUUACUCGCUACUCGGCAUCGGUUUUUGGCACUCGGCAUCGGAAUCGAGCUCGAACACAUACUCAUAUACUAAGACUCAUACUCAACGUCGGACUCGAAAUCGGACUCAAAGCCACGACUUGAGUGAUUCGUGUUUUGUGUUUCGUGUGUUGAGUGUCGUGUUUCGCUGUCGCACAUAAAUAAACAAACCACACGCAGCUCCACUCAAAACAAAGCAAAAGGAAGCAAAACAAAACAAAAUUCGAGGCAAAGAAGAUACAACAAAUUGAAAGCAGGAGGCAGAGGAAAGGAAGGAAGAGUAGACCAGAAAAAGUUCUGGUAGGUCUCAACUCCAUAUAAAAGAGAAGUUGAAGAAUUUGACAACUAUUUCAUAGAAAACUUGCCGCUGGCGGAGAUUUCCGGUCUACUCCAGUCCGGCCUCAAGGAAGGAAGGAAGGAAGCCGGGAAGAAUGUCGGCUACCGGAGAUGCGGGCGCCGGUUCGACAAAUGUCGUCCAGGCAACGGUGAAUGUCAGUGGCGCCCUCAGCAGCAGCGACGGCAGCCCGACCAGCAACAACAACAACAGCAGCAGCAACAACAAUGCCAGCAACAACAACAACAACUCAACGGCAAGCAGCUCAAAGGUGCAAUUGCCGCUGACGCCGCGCUUCACCGCCGAGGAGAAGGAUGUGCUGUAUACGUUGUUCCAUCUGCACGAGGAGGUCAUCGACAUCAAGCACCGCAAGAAGCAGCGCAACAAGUACUCCGUCCGGGAUACCUGGGACAAGAUUGUCCGUGACUUUAAUUCGCAUCCGCAUGUCAGCGCCAUGCGCAACAUUAAGCAGAUCCAAAAGUUUUGGCUCAACUCGCGUUUGCGCAAACAGUAUCCAUAUCGAGAUGGUAGCGCCUCCAGUGCCAGCUCUGCCCUGAUUAAAGUGAGCGGCGUUGCAAGCAGCGCACAGCAGCAACAGUUGCAGCAGCAGCAGCAACAACAGCAGCAGCAACAUCACGACAAUGUCAAAGUGGAGCCAGAGUAUCAAAUCAGUCCAGAUGCAUCCGAACAUAAUCCGCAAGGCGAUGCAUUCGACGAGAUCGAAAUGGAUGCCAAUGAUGUGAGCGAAAUGGAGGAUGAUCCUCUAGAGGCACAGCAGCAACAGCAGCAGCAACAGGCCGCCCAAGCUCAGGCGGAAGCCCAACAACAGCAGCAGCAGCAACAACAACAGCAGCAGCAACAACAGCAGCAGCAACAACAACAGCAGCAGCAGCAACAACAAUCGGCAGUUGCCGAAAUGCAAAAGUUGCAGGUGAGCGCUGCUGCUGUGGCUGCUGCCAGUGCGAACAUGCUGAGCACCCACCAGAUCAACGUGGACCAGAUCAGCGCGGAUAAGUUGACGCUCAAUGAUCUGCUCCACUUCAAGACGGCGCGACCCCGCGAAGAGAUCAUUCUACAGAUCAAACAUCCCUCGGAUGCCACAGCCACACAGAUUCAUACGAUACCCACGCAGCCGCAACAGCAUACGAUGGCCACAAUCACAGCCGGCGGCUACAACCAGCAGAUCAUCAGUGAGAUCAAGCCGCAGCAGAUUACCCUGGCCCAGUAUCAGGCGCAGCAGCAGCAGCAGGUUCAGGCCCAAGCUCAGGCACAAGCUCAGGCUCAGGCCCAGGCACAGGCUCAGGCGCAGCAAUUGGCACAGCAACAGUUGGCGGCACAGCAGCAACAGUUGGCGGCUGCUGCAGCGGCAGCACAUCAUCAGCAGCAACAACAACAGGCAGCGGCCGCAGUUGUUGUCCAGCAGCAGCAGCAACAGCAACAACAACAGCAGCAGCAGCAACAACAGCAGGCGGCAGCAGCAGCAGCGGCUGUAAAGAUGCAACUGACUGGCGGCACGCCCACCUUCACAUUCAGUGCCCUGCCCACUGUGACGGCAGCGACGCCAGUGCCCGUCCCAGUGCCGGUGACAGCGGCGCCAGCGUCGGCGGCCAAUGUGAGCGGGAGCAGCGCAGGAACGCUGGCGACGGGCGGAACAAGUGGGGGCGGGACAACGGCGGGUGGUGAUAGCUACGAGGAGCGCAUCAAUUUCUUCAAGGUGAAGGAGGCGGAACUGCGCUGCAAGGAGCAGCAGCUGGCCACCGAGGCCAAGAAGAUAGAGGUCAACAAGGCGCAGGAUGAGCUCAAAUAUAUGCGCGAGGUGCAUCGCUUGCGUGUCGAGGAGCUCAAAAUGAAGAUACGCAUCCUGCAGAAGGAGGAGGAGCAGCUGCGAAAGUGCUCCAACACAUGAGAUCUGGAGGACAUUAGCGAUGCGGAGACAGAUCCCGAUGUGGAUGUGGAUGCGGAUGCGGAAAGGGAUGGGGAUGCUCGGGCGGAUGAGGACGAGUACAUGGACUUGGACAUGCAAUUGUUGCUCUAACUCGGACGCUUAUUAUCACAUAGUUUACUUCUACAUUUAUAUUAAUAUUACUAUUAAUAUUAAUAUUAUCAUUAUUAUCAUUAUUACUAUUACUGCAAUUACAAUUAUCAUAAUUGUUAUCAUUAUCAUAAUUUAAUAUUAUUUUAUAUUUUUUAAAUACGUUUUUUUUUUGUUUUGGGUGGGCGGGCGGUUUUUCGAUUACCGAUAACCGAUUACCAAUUAUCGAUUACCCUUUAAGCCACUUCUCUAAUUGUAAUUAUAAAUCAUAAUGAAAUACAAAGAAAUACAAUGAAAAAAUCAACAAC